UCAUAGCCGAUACAGAGACCCCCCGAGAGAGAGAGACCGAGACAGACAGAAAUGGCUUCUCUGACGUUGAAUCCGUUGACUUCGCCUCUCUGCAACUCCAACAAACCAUCAGAGCUCUCCUCUGCUACUACUGCUGAUUCCCGGAGGCUCUGUUGGGUUGGGCCCGCUGCAUCGUAUUCAAGAUUGAACUUGAAGAAGAAGAAGAAGUCGAAUAAGUUUUCUGCUUCCCCUGUUGUUGUGUGCAAGGCGGUUUCUGUUAAGCAGCCGCAGACUGAGAUUGAAGGCCUCAACAUUGCUGAGGAUGUUACUCAGCUUAUUGGGAAAACACCAUUGGUGUUCCUCAAUAAUAUUGUCAAGGGUUGUGCUGCAAACAUUGCUGCCAAGCUUGAGAUUAUGGAACCAUGUUCCAGUGUGAAGGACAGGAUAGGUUACAGCAUGAUUGCUGAUGCUGAGAAAAGAGGAGUUAUUACACCUGGAAAGAGUAUACUGGUGGAACCGACUAGUGGAAACACAGGCAUUGGCCUGGCAUUUAUAGCUGCUUCAAAAGGAUAUAAGCUCAUAUUGACAAUGCCAGCAUCAAUGAGUAUGGAAAGAAGGGUUCUUCUAAAAGCAUUUGGGGCUGAGCUUGUUUUGACUGAUUCUGCAAAGGGAAUGAAGGGAGCAGUUCAGAAAGCUGAAGAAAUUCAGAAAAGCACAUCAAAUGCCUACAUACUUCAACAAUUUGAUAACCCUGCUAAUCCUAAGAUACACUAUGAGACAACUGGACCCGAAAUCUGGGAAGAUACAAAGGGCAAAGUUGAUAUUUUCAUUGCAGGAAUUGGAACAGGGGGGACCAUUUCUGGAGUUGGUAGAUUCCUGAAGGAGAAGAAUCCCAAAAUUAAGGUUAUUGGUAUAGAGCCUCUGGAAAGCAAUAUACUUUCAGGGGGGAAACCUGGUCCUCACAAGAUUCAGGGCAUUGGAGCUGGUUUUGUGCCGAGGAACUUGGAUCAAGACGUGGUUGAUGAAGUAAUAGAGAUAUCUAGUGAUGAAGCUGUUGAAACAGCUAAGCAAUUGGCCCUCCAGGAAGGCUUGUUGGUUGGCAUUUCUUCUGGAGCAGCAGCUGCUGCUGCAAUUAAGGUUGGGAAGAGAUCAGAGAACGCUGGAAAGCUGAUAGCAGUUGUAUUUCCAAGCUUUGGUGAGAGAUACCUUUCCUCGGUGCUUUUCCAGUCAAUCCGAGAAGAAUGUGAGAGAAUGCAGCCCGAGCCAUAAGACCGAUUCUCCUGCCUGUUCAUUGACAAACAGGCAAUUCUGUUAUUUCUUUUGUCUCCUGUACAUCUUGGUAUCUUUACUACACAUCUGGGUCUGGGUUUUACAUCUCCUUCGGCAUAUUAUGCCGAUCUCGGAAAUAAACAAAACUUUCUUUGAGAACUCAUUCAUCGUUACUGGUUAUCUAUAAACCAGUUGGUUGUUUUUUUUUUUCCCCUCCCCUUUAACAAUUGUAAUUUAAGAGCAUUACAGAACCUUUGAUUAUUUUUUCUUCCAUUAGGUAGGGUUUAAAGCAUGGUUCAAUUAUGUAAUAUAAUUGAAAGUUAUGCAGAAAGUAGAGGGCAUUGAAUGAGCUUUCACCUA